AUGCAAUGGGCGUGGGUGUUGCAUUUCCUCCACAUCCACACAUCUUGUAUGCCACGGCAGCCCGGCGAAAUGGAAGCGCCGACGAAGCGGUUGGAUGGCGUACUCAAUCCAGCGCAUCAUCAUGAAGAAGAUGUAUGGGAGGACGAGGAAGAUGAAGCUCAUUCUACAUUCGAGACGCCUGUGGUCGCAGAAUUCCCGCGAAAGGAGGAGAUCCGGCGGCCGCAAGAUGUGUCGCCCCGACCAGGAUCGCGGCGUUUGUCAGAACGAUUCACAGAGCGACGAAAAAGCUCUUUGCGUGAAUCAGAUUCUACGCAUCUACGUCAUGCGCAUUUGUCAUCGACGCCAUCGACGCCGAUUCGUCGCACCACCAAGCUACAUGCGCCCAACGCUGUGUCGGACUCGUGGUGCGGUCGGGCGUGCCAUACCGUGCUGACGGUGCUCGGCCUAUCUGCGCCUUUCGAUGCUGGGGACUAUGUAUAUACGGUGUCUAGCGGUACCGAAUCGCACUCCUCUACGUUAUGGGACCACCUCAUGGACGAGGUACUACUCACCAGCAACGAGACGACGCAAGAGCUUCGGUGGGAACGCGUGUCCAAUUUCAUGGCGAUGCCCGCGUGGAUUGAGCAAAUGAUGUGGAUCGGGACGCUGGUGAGCCUGAAUGCCUUCUUGUACAUGGUAACCAUCCUUCCCUUGCGUUUCGGUAUGGCAUGGAUUCGCUGGGCACGUAAUACAUGGACAUGGCUGCGAUCGAACAAGAAGCAGUUUCUCACCAUCUCGAACAAGUGCGAUAUUCUCAAGGGCCUGCUCGUUUGGCAGACCUGCUACAUUUUAUCCCACGUGGCCGAUGCCAGUAAGAUGUACCACAGCGUGCGGGGUCAGGAUGUGCUCAAGCUCUCAGUGAUUUUCAGUGUGCUGGAAAUUAGCGACAGGCUCUGUAGCUCGUUUGGCCAGGACGUGUUGGAUACGCUCUUAUCGCGCUACACAUUGGGUCGGCGUGCGGACGGAUCGCACGCAUACCUCCGAAUUGCGGGCUACUAUGCUCUGUGUCUGGCGUACAUGAUCUUUCACACAUUCGUCCUACUAUACCAACUCGUUACAUUGAAUGUCGCCAUCAACAGCUACGACAACGAGCUGCUUACUCUGCUGUUAUCGAAUCAAUUUGUCGAAAUCAAAACCACCGUGUUCAAGCGCUUUGAAAAGGAGACGCUUUUCCAGCUGGCAUGUGCGGAUGUCGUGGAGCGCUUCCAGCUUGGCGUGACUCUUGGCACGAUUGGUCUCCGCAAUCUGAUGGAGUUGUCAGGCGCAAGCGCGAUGGGCGGAACGGGAGCGCUUGGCCCCUUGCCGACGAGCUUUGAAGUAUACCCCUACGUCAACGUGCUCUUCCGCACGCUCAAUCCCGUGUUGACCGUCUUGAUCAGCGAGGUGCUGGUCGACUGGCUCAAACAUGCAUUUAUCGCCAAGCAAAAUCACAUCCGCCCAGCUGUGUAUGGGCGCUUUGUUGAUGUGCUAUGCCGCGAUAUCCUACCACCGCAAUCGUCCGUCGCGAUGGAUGGAUACACGCAGCGGCAGUCGUCCUUCGUGGAUCAAAGUCCCCUAGUCAUUCGUCGCCUCGGUCUCGCUGUACUACCGCUGGUAUGUGUACUCAUUCGCAUGGCGAGUCAGGUCGUGUACAUGUUCCUGCCUAAGGAACGUACGUCAUUCGAGUAUGUGAUCCAGACGACCGCUGUAUUCUUCAGCACACUGGCUGUAUGGCUCAGUCUCAUUGUGUUCAAGCUGCUCCUCGGCUCCUACCUCGUCUCGUACGCCAAGCAACGGUACGCUUCCUGGCACGAACGGGAGAAAGAAGAGCAGCGCAAUGCCAAAGGCCGGCCGCCUAUCGGGGAAAUGCCCAUCACCAUGGCCCAUAAUGCUCAAAUUCCCGAGAUGGUUGACAAGCGCGAAGACAACGCCGCCUCAGUGGGUCUGUAUGGUCAGCAGUCGCCAUCCAUUCGUGCACCGGGCAAGAAGCAGGACAUGUCGCUGCUGGAUGUUCAGCGAUUUUCGUUCGCAGGGAAUCGACUAUGGUAG